AUGAUGAUGACAAAUAUGACAUUCACAAAAGGGAUAGGAUCACCUAUUUACAUGUCACCAGAAGUAUUGAAACGAGAACAUUAUAAAAUGGAAUCAGAUAUAUAUUCAUAUUCAAUAACAAUGUUAGAGAUUAUUACAUGGCAAAAUCCAUUUCCUAAAGAAAUAUAUAAUUUUCCAUGGGACAUUGCAGAUGCAAUCACGUCAGGUAAACGACCACCAAUAAUACAAGAAGUUAAAGAAGAUAUUAAAGAAAUUAUUGAAAAAACAUGGAAACAAGAAGCAAAAGAAAGAAUAAGAAUAGAAGAAGUAGUAAGAAUGUUAGAAAGAAUUGAAAAUAAAGAAUAA